CGAGUCUCAACAUCAUGAGUUUAACAAUAGAUUCAUCUUAAGAUAUUGGAUAUUGGUUAAGGUUAUUGUGUAAUCAGUGUUGGGGGCGCGCACAUAUAAACACAAGGACAAGUACUUGGCCUACAGGUGAUUUGUUCAACGUAUGUACGAUCAACAAACAGUCAGAAGGAUAUUCGAAAGAGUAGACAAGAACAGAGACGGAUAUGUUGAUCAUAAUGAGCUACAAUUAGCGCUGUCAAAUGGUAUAGGUACUUCGUUCAAUGCUAGAACUAUUCAGCUAAUGAUUUCAAUGUUUGACCGAGACAGAAAUGGAACCAUUGAUCUGAGUGAAUUCUCUCAUUUAUUUAAAUAUGUCCAAGAUUGGCAACAAUGUUUUUGUCGAUUUGAUCAGGAUAGAUCUGGGUUAAUCGAUGCUCGAGAGCUCCAUUGUGCAUUGUCCUCCUUUGGUUAUCGACUCUCUCCUUGUUUCGUACAGACGAUGAUCAGUCGUUUUGAUCGCAAUAACCGAGGGCAAAUCGCCUUCGAUGACUUCAUUUAUGCUUGUGUAUGUCUCCAAAUACUCACAAAUUCCUUCAGACAACGUGAUGUCAAUCGUAAUGGAUAUGCUCAAUUCAGUUUUGAACAAUUUCUGUCUUCUGCUAUGUCUAUAAUUAUUGGAUAAAAUCAAAAGUAAACAUCAUUAAUUAUUGUACGGAAAGAAAAAUACAGAUUGCUUACUGUGUUUGUUAUCAAUAACUUGAUCUAUACACAAAAUAUAUAUUGUAACAAUUUCCCGAAUCAUUUUUAUUGCACUUGAUCACAUCCCCUUUCGUGUAUUGAAAACAUGACCCUAUAUAUAUAUAUAUAAUUUGUUGCUUAACUCUACCCCCGCCCCCAACUAUAUUUCCUUUUUUUCUGUUGAUUUCGUCCCGCCUCUUAAAAAAAAAAGAACACAUUGUUUGUUUUCCCCAAAUGAGAAAUUUCCAUAAAACUUCCUUUCGCUUCCUAAAUUCUUUCAUGAUUGAUUGGUUGACAGUUUUUUGACUUGUCAGCAUGACAAACAUGCAGUUUUUUUUUUUUACCUAAUUUCAAAUAUUUUUUUAUAACUUGAGAAAUUGCAUCUGCUGUUUUUUUUUGUUUGUUUGUUUGUUUGUUUGUUUGUUUGUAAAAAGAUUUAAAAAAAUCAAUGCUAUUUUUACUUCCGAGAUUAACCGUUGUCUGCUCUUGGUGCGCCUAUUGAAUAACAGUUGAGUCUACCAAAAUUGCUGCAUCAGAGUUG